AUGAGCUCGACCACUACCCCACCACCCCGCAUUCGCGCAGCGCUGUUCGACAUGGACGGUCUGCUCAUCGACUCUGAAGAUAUCUACACAGUGAUCACGAACACUAUCCUCGCUCGCUACGGCAAGCCAAACCUGCCAUGGUCCAUCAAGGCGCAACUGCAAGGUCGUCCUGGCCCUCAAGCUGGCCAGAUUUUCCACUCAUGGGCCGACCUACCCAUUGAUCAAGAUCAGUUCUUCAAGGAGCAGAGGGAGCUUCAGGUGGAGCUGUUCCCAAACACAAAGCCACUGCCGGGUGUGAUGGAUCUGUUGUCAGGUCUGAAAAAGAGAGGCGUAUACAUGGCACUAGCAACCAGCAGCAACAAGAAUAACUUCAAAAUCAAGAGCGAACAUCUCGGCGACCUCUUCCAGAACUUCGAGCUCGAUCACCAAGUCCUCGGUGACGACCCAAGGAUACCUGCUGGUCGCGGCAAACCAGCACCAGAUAUCUAUCUCCUCGCUCUUUCUACGCUCAACAAGACCCUUGAAGCGCAAGGGCAACCACUGAUACAACCAGAGGAGUGUUUGGUAUUCGAAGACAGUGUGCCUGGUGUCGAGUCAGGGCGAAGAGCAGGUAUGCAGGCAGUGUGGGUACCCCAUCCCGGGCUCUUGAAUGAGUAUAAGGGAAGAGAGAAGGAGGUGCUGGCUGGAUUGACUGGCGAGCACAAGGAUGACGAAGAACCACAACUUCAGAAGACGGAAGUCGAGGUCAAGCAAGGUAAGAGGCAGGUAGGCAUGCCCGGGGAGCUUGAUGACGGCUGGGCAAGGCUGCUGAACAGCUUGGAGGACUUUCCGUAUGAGUCCUAUGGUAUGAAAGAGUAG